AUGCGUUCACUCAGGGCUAACCGCCUCGCCCUGCGGCCCCUCCCCCGAUAUGCGUCCACCGCGGCCCCCAAGACGACGGCCAUCCAGUCGGUGCUGAUUGCCAACCGCGGCGAGAUUGCCCUGCGAAUCAACAAGACGGCCGAGCGCAUGGGCAUCCGCGCCACCACCGUCUACACCGACGUCGACGCCCACGCCUGGCACGCGUCGGCCGGGAUCCAGUCGCUCUCCCUCGGCGGCGCCAAGGGCUACCUCGACGGCGACAAGAUCAUCUCCCUGGCCAAGAGCCACGGUGUGCAGGCCCUGCACCCGGGCUACGGCUUCCUAUCCGAGAACCCGGCCUUUGCCCGCCGCUGCGAGCAGGAGGGCAUCGUCUUCAUCGGCCCCCCUCCCUCGGCCAUGGCUGACAUGGGCGACAAGGCCCGCUCCAAGGAGAUUAUGAAUGCCGCCAACGUGCCCUGCGUGCCCGGCUACCACGGCCCCGACCAGGGCGAGCAGCAGCUGCUGGCGCACGCCAAGGACGUCACCUUUCCCGUGCUUCUCAAGAGCGUCCGCGGCGGCGGCGGCAAGGGCAUGCGCAUCGUCCUGACCGAGGACGAGUUCAUGACGCAGCUCAAGAGCGCCCGCGCCGAGGCCAAGGCAUCCUUUGGCGAGGGCGGCGAGGUUAUGCUGGUCGAGAAGUACAUUGUGCGCCCGCGCCACGUCGAGGUCCAAGUUUUUGCCGACAAGCAUGGCAACACGGUCGCGCUUGGAGAGCGCGACUGCAGCGUGCAGCGCAGACACCAAAAAGUCCUCGAAGAGUCGCCCGCACCCGACCUGGACACGGCCACCCAGCAGGACCUCUGGAACAAGGCCCGCCUGGCGGCCUCGGCCGUCGGCUACGUCGGCGCCGGCACCGUCGAGUUCAUCCUCGACAAGGAUAGCGGCAAGUUUUACUUCAUGGAAAUGAACACGCGCCUACAGGUCGAGCACCCCGUCACCGAGAUGGUGACGGGCGUAGACCUGGUGGAGUGGCAGUUUCGCAUCGCCGCCGGCGAGAAGCUGCCGCUGAACCAGGCUGAGGUGGAGAAGCAAAUGGCCCAGCGCGGCGCCGCCAUUGAGGCUCGCGUCUACGCCGAGAAUCCCGAAAAGGGCUUCAUGCCCGACUCUGGCAAGCUCGUCCACGCCGUCCUGGCCGAGAGCCUCAAGGGGGAUGAGGACGUUCGGCUGGACUGGGGCUUCGGCUCCGGCAGCGUCGUCUCCGAGGCGUACGAUGGCAUGAUUGCCAAGCUGAUUGUUCGUGGAGAUACGCGCGAGACAGCUAUUGCCAAGCUAGCCGGCGCUCUGCGCAAGUUUGAGAUUGUCGGUCUCAGCACCAACGUCGAGUUCCUGAAGCGCCUCUGCGAGUCGCCUGCUUUCAUCGCGGGCGACGUCGAGACUGGCUUCAUCGACAAGUGGCGCGACGAUCUGUUCAAGCCCCGGCACAUCAAGGGUGAAGUCUUUGCCCAGGCCGCCCUCGGCGUUUUGAGCUUCCAGGCCGAGGAGCCCGGUCCCCAUGGCUUGUCUCUUGGCUUCGGCGCGCCCAACGCCACCAGCGAGCGCAAGCUUGCUUUCAAGGUCCUUGACGGCUACAGCGCCAACGAGGGUGAGGUGGUCGAAGCCAGUGUCGCCCAGACCGGACAUGAUCUCUACACAAUUUCCAUCGCCCGCAAGGGACAGGACGCCCCCGAGGUCUUUACCAACAUCUCGACCAAGCGUACCACCGAGGACGCCGUUACCAAGCUCAAUUCGCUCUUCUCCCAUGAGCGCAUCCAGUCUACGGUUGUUCCACAAGAGGACGGCAACGACACCAAGGUGACCAUAUUCCAGCAUGGUGUCAAGACAGAGCUGUCCCUGCUGCCCCCGCAAUGGUACGAAAAGGCCCUUGGCCUCAAGGAAAUUUCUGCCUCUGUGGCCGCUCCCAUGCCAUGCAAGAUCCUCAAGAACGAGGUCCAAGAGGGUCAGACUGUCACAAAAGGCACCCCUCUGGUUGUGAUUGAGUCCAUGAAGAUGGAGACUGUCAUCCGCUCUCCUCAGGAUGGUGUCAUCAAGAAGCUCGCCCACAAGGAGGGCGAUAUUUGCAAGGCCGGCACCAUCCUUGUUCUCUUUGAAGAGGAUCCCAAGGCGGAGGAGUAA